AUAUAGGUAACUGCGUGUGAAACCUAAUAAUUUACGAUGAGCCAGCGGCCUCUCUGCAGCUUUCCUCUGCAGCGGCGUGGUGAACAGUAAGCUCUGCCAUUACUUCCUUCUUUGCCAUCACUGCGAGGCUUGGCGGCUGCUGUUGUUACGUUGCGCGAGUAACUAAAACCAAGGCUUCAAGCAAGAUGGGGAAACAUAAGAAGCAAGAGAAAAGGCCCAAGAGUGACUCUGAAUCUGACUCUGACUCAGACUCUGGACCUGAUGAUAGAAAUCAGCCGGCAAAGAAGUCCAAGGGUGAGGGCUCUGCUUCGAAGAGGCUCAAGACUGACAAAGGAGAGACUUACUUUGAGCUGGAGCGAAACCGUCGGGUCACCAUCAGAGAGUUCAAAAAUAAACUGUUCAUUGACAUCCGUGAGUUCUAUGAGAAGGAUGGAGAAUACCUGCCAGGGAAGAAAGGUAUCUCUUUGAGCGCAAUCCAGUGGAACAAACUGAAAUCCAUGGUCCCUGACAUUGAUGAGGUGGUUCAAGAGAUGUCCUAAGCAGCCCCAGACUGCCGAGCACCAAAUUUAUCAUUAGAGAUUUCUUGCAUUAUGUGAUAUGUUAGUACACAGUGUAUUGCUGCACUCUUAGUCAGGAAAGUAUAUUAUGAGUCAUUUGUUUCUUUUUGAAAUGUAAUAUCAGGAUGUAUGCAGUAAUUUGGAUCAAUAAAUUUCUUUUCUAA